AUAUGUCGGAGAAUACGGUCAAACAGAGAGUCGCUGUGAUCGGGGCAGGACCAGCUGGACUUUGUUGUCUGAAGCACUUAUGUGAUAAUCUAAGCAUCUUUGAACCAGUUGCGUUUGAACGUAAUUUUUGGCCUUGUGGAUUAUGGAACUAUACGGACCAGACAAACAAAGACGAUUUUGGACUUCCGACACACUCUGCUAUAUAUAACAAUCUAACAACAAAUCUUCCAAAGGAAAUACAAGAAUUUCCGGAUUUCCCCUAUCCAAAAGAAUGGACUACUUCCUACAUCACACAUCAGCAAUGCUUGCAAUACCUCAACAUGUUUGCAGACCACUUCAAGCUUAGACCAUACAUAAGGACGCAUAUAUUUGUACGAGAUGUAAAGCCUCUCAAAGAAGCCCAGGAAAACUGUCGUGUUAAAUGGCUGGUGACCUUUUCUCCUGUGAACAAGUUAUCGGAGGUCAUAACGGAAGUGUUUGAUUCUGUUCUUGUAUGUAAUGGGCAUUACAGCAAGGCAUACAUUCCAAAUAUUUCCGGAAUGGAAUUGUUUGAGGGAAGAAUCAUACACAGCAAGGAGUUUAGACACGAGGAACAUUUUGAUGGUCUUCGAGUUGCAAUCCUGGGAUGCAACUACUCAGGCGAAGACAUUUCGUUGCAUGUAGUACAAUUUGCAAAAAAGGUGUUUGCUUGCCACAGACGAAAGCCAGAGGGAUUCACGCCAUCUUUUCCAAAAGAAAUAGAACAAAGACCCCCCUUUGUCCGUAUGACAAACGAUUCGGUGGUUUUUCCCGAUGGCAGUUGUGAAAAGGUGGAUGCUGUCAUCUUCUGUACCGGAUAUCGUUACUCAUUUCCUUUCCUAAAAGAUGACAUCAUAACGAUUAAAGAUGAACGCAUUCAGCCCAUAUACAAACAUAUGUUUCAUAUCGAAUAUCCCAACCUGAUUUUUAUUGGAAUUGCUCGACAAAUUUUAUAUUUCCCGCAGUACUAUGAAAUGGCAAAACUUGCGGCACUGGUUUUCGCAGGAAAAGUGAAACUUCCAUCCAAAGAAGAAAUGAUGGCAGAUAGUGAGGCUGAUUUUCAGUCUCGUUUGAAAGAAGGAAAACCAUCUACAUUUGCCCAUUGUUUUGGGGAUAUCAAUUUUGGUCGGCGAUUUCGGUACAAUGAAGAACUUGCCAAAUUAGGGGGGUUUGAUCCACUGCCGCCAGUCCUUGAAAUGAUUUUCCGUGACAUCGCUGAUGAAAGAUUUAUGAAUCUUCCACAUUGUAACAAAAUUAGUUAUCGGAUUACUGGGCCUAAAUCUUACGUUUGCUUGAACCCCGAAAAGAUUAAAUCCAGAAAAUCGAAGGCAGAAAACGUUGUGAAAGAUAAAUGAUUCAAAGCGAUCGAUCUAGGUUC